AUGAAGCUUACCACCGCAUUAGUGACCAUCGCCGCUUUGGUCAGCGUCGGAGUCAACGCCCAGGCGUGCAGCAGCAACGUUGUGCGCAAGGAGAUUCGUAGCCACACCACCGCCGAGUGGGCCAGAGUUACCAAGGUAGUCAAGCUGCUGCAGGACAGCGGCUGGUUCACCUGGUUCGCGUACAUUCACACGGCCAAUUUUGGCACCAUCCACGGUUGCGAAAUUUUCCUCCCGUUCCAUCGUCGCUUCCUCAGGGAUUUCGAGUCGGUCGGCCAGAUGUACGACAAGCAGUUUGCCCUGCCCUACUGGGAUGAGCUGCGCGACUAUGCCAACCCCGCCACCUCUACUGUUCUGAGCUCUUCCUACCUGGGAGGCAACGGCCAGGGCGGUGACAGCUGUGUGGCCAACGGUAUCCAGGCCAACUGGAGCAUGGGCUACCCCAACAAACAUGCCUGCAUUAGCGCCUGGUACUCGCCCGAGUUCAUUCAGUCACUCAUGUCGCGCUCGACCAAGAUGUCCGAGCUGCGCCCCUCAUUCGAGUACUCGCUCCACGGCUCCGUGCAUCUCGCCCUCGGUGGUGACAUGAUCAUGGACUGGAGCCCCAACGACUUUGCCUUCUGGGUCCACCACGCCAACAUUGAUCGUCUGUGGUUCGUCUGGCAGAUGCAGAACCCCAACCAGAACUUCUGGUCCAUCGAGGGUGUCGACAUCAAGGGCAAGGCGCUGACCUACGGCACGCUGCUCCCCAACUACAACGAGAACAUUCUCAGCACCAUGCAGCCCGGCUACAACAACAUGUGCUUCUUCUACGACAACGGCAGCACUGUUUCGCGCAAGCGCAGCCUGCACAACAAGCGCGACCAGCGCAAGUGCCUUCACCGCCCCUCCACCCAGAUGCCGCCUCUGGUCGAGGGCGUUUUCGAGAACGUCGAUGAUGUCCCCGUUGCCGCCGAUACUUACGUCAAGGAUACCAUUGUGGCUAGCCUGCCCAAGGAUGUCCUGAACAAGUGGUUCCCCACUUACACCGUCAUCCCUGCACUGGCUACAACAACACCAUCGAUAACUGAUGACGAAUACCUCAGUGACGUUGACAGCUCCCUGCCCGAGUACCUGUCCUCCCAGGAGGAGAGCGAGUACUCCGCCAUCCCCAUCCCCACUGACGAGAGCGAAGUCAGCAGCGUUCAGGAGUCUGCUGUCUACUCCGAAGCAUAUGUUGCAUUUGAUUACGAGGAGAACCCCGAUAUCUACGGCAUCGACGGUGUUGGAAUCAAGUACCCCAUGCCCAACCCGUUCCCCCUGACUCCCCAGUGGGUUGCAAUGCACAACCUGUCCCCCGAGGUAAUCCAUGAGAACUACCAGCAGGCUAAGGACUUUGUCAGGGACAUGAACGUUGCCGGUUACCAGUCGCCAUUUGCCAAGGGCGGUCAGGACAAGUCUCGGAAAAUUCUUUCAGUGUAA